UUUCAAAACUAAACAGUCACACAUUUACACGACUGAUACAGACAGCUGUUUUCUACUGCUCUGCUUUCUGAAGCUGUAAACGUGUGAAUUUCUGCAAACUUCUCGUCGAGAAAUGUUUCAGGAUUCUUCUUCACUUCAGCGCUCCUCUGUCGGUCACUACGGCCUCAGACGUACCCGUAAACCAUCUGCAAAGCUGAAGGAGUCUAUGGAGGUAUCGUCUGCAGCUCCUCGCAGACCUCCCCGGUCUACGGCUGCAGAUACGUCCGUACAGGAAGACCACUCUUACAGUUGCCUUUCCAGGACCACCGGAAAGUUCCGCAUUCUGGAUGAAUUUCAGGAACGUGCGGCCGUCCUCCCUCCUUUUUUUCAGACCUUCUCCACCAUCACACCAGAGAUGCCUGACUUCCGUCCACCUCCUGAGGUCCCAGACUCUCCGUUGUGGGUCCAUGGCCUCAGUGUGGAGGAGUUUCAGGGUGUUUAUCACUCUGUGGUGGAUCCUGUCAUGGGAUCUACAUCUGGUAAGUUCUGCCUGCAGUUCGGCCGCGAGCUCAAGCAGCGUUUGAGGAGGGAGCUCCGCUGUCCCAUCCUGACUGAGGAGGUCCAGCCUGACGGACGGGUCAAGAUUACCGAGGCCUUCAGCUCACUCACUCCAGUCCGGUCCGCCCCUGACUUUGACCUGGACACGAGUGGAGAGCCUCUGCCUGGUCAGCAGCCCAAGAAGAAGCGUCGCCAGUGCUGAAACCAUCCAUCAGCCUUGAUCCUGAACUGGCAAUAUGCCAGAGAUGAAGCUGAAAAAGUCCAACAUCAGCCUUCAUCUUAAACUGGCAAUUAUGUCAGAUUAAUAGUUGGGUAGAUAGCUGUAUAGAUGGGUACAUAUAUAGGUAGGUAGAUAGAUAUAUAGAAAGAUAGGUAGAUGGGUUUUUAGAUAAGAAGAUGGAUAGGUAGAUGGGUAGACAGACGAGUAAUACCUAGAUGGGGAAAUAGAUAGAACAAUAGAUGAAUGUGUAGGGAGAUGGAUAUAUGGGUAAGAAGGUAAAUAGGUAGAUAGACAAAUGGGUCCAUAGGUGGGUAGAAGGGUAAAUAAAUGGGUAUGUAAAUAUGUUAGAUAUAUAGAUAGAUGGAAAGAUGAGUAUGUAUGAUAAAUAGAAAAAUAAAUGGAAAAUGGUAGUCAGCUAGAUGGGUAAUAAAUGGUACACACAGGGUAGAUAAAUGUUAAAACAUAGAUACGUCAUUGAUAGAUAGAUAAAUGGGUAGAUGGAUACAUGGGAGAUAGAUGGGUAGGUGGGAGAUAGAUGGUUGGUAGAUAGAUUGGUGGGAGAUACAUAGAUAGGUAGAUAGAUGGGAGAUAGAUGGAUAGGUGGGGGAUACAUAGAUAGGUACAUAGAUGGUAGAUAGAUGGGUAGGUAGAUAGAUAGGUGGGAGAUACAUGGGUAGGUAGACAGAUGGUAGAUAGAUGGGUAGGUAGAUAGGUGGGAGAUUCUUGGAUAGGUAGAUAGAUGGGAGAUAGAUGGCUAGGUAGAUAGAUAGGUGGAAGAUACAUGAAUAGUUAGGUAGAUGGGUAGGUAGAUAGAUAGGUGGGAGAUACAUGGAUAGGUAGAUAGAUGGGAGAUAGAUGGGUAUGUAGAUGGAUAGGUGGAAGAUAGAUAGAUAGGUAGAUCGAUGGGUAGGAACAUAGAUAGGUGGGAGAUACAUGAAUGUAUGAGAAAUAGGUGGGUAGGUAGGUAGAUAGAUAGGUGGGAGAGACAUGGAUAGAUGGGAGAUAGGUGGGUAGGUAGGUAGGUAGGUAGAUAGGUGGGAGAUAGAUGGAUAGGUAGAGAGAUGGUAGAUAGGGGGAGAUACAUGGAUAGAUGGGAGAUAGAUGGAUAGGUAGAUAGAUGGGUAGGUAGAUAAAUAGGUAGGAGAUAGAUGAAAAGUUAGAUGGAUUGGUAAAUAGGUGGGAGAUAUAUGGAGAUAUAUGAGUAGGUAUAUGGGUAGAGAGUAAUAUAGAUAAAUGUAUAUAUGGGUAUACAGAUGGGUAGGUAGGUAGGUAGAUAUAUGAGUACAGGUGGGAGAUAGAUGGUAGGUAGAUAGAUAAAUGGAUAGGUAGAUAGAUGGGUGGAUAGAUAGAUGGUAGAUGGAAAGGUGUUAGGUAUAUAGAAAGGUGUAAGAUAGAUAGAUAGGUUGGAGAUAGAUGGGUAGGUAUAGGUGUGAGAUAGAUGGAUAGAUGGGAGUUAGAUGGGUAGGUAGAUAGAUAAGUGGGAGAUGGAUAGAUAGAUGGGAGAUAGAUAGAUAGGAGAUAGAUGGGAGAAAGAUGGGAAGUUAUAUAGGUGUGUGCGUGUGAGUUUAUCUCACAGGGCGUGGUGAUGCGUCUAGUGCAGUAGUGCAGUACUGAUUGGUAGCUGCAUGCUUGCUGGUG